AUGAUCUCCAGCAUCUCGAUCGCCAUCAUUGGCAUCUUUACCAGCAUUGCUUACCUGCUGCUGAAAUCAGGCAGCCGAGACAAACGAUUUCCAAAUGGUCCACCAACACUCCCAAUCAUCGGAAAUCUCCAUCAGCUUCCUCGACGCCGGGCUCAUCUCAAGUACACCGAAAUGGCCAAGGAAUAUGGGGGUCUCUACACUGUCAAAGCCGGUCACCACACGAUAGCCAUCAUCACUGACCGACGCGUGGUCCGUGAAUUGAUCGAGGAAAAGGGUCCCACAGCUAGCAAUAGACCUUCAUCAUAUAUCAUACAGCGUCUUAUUGGAGAAAAUGACCAUCUUCUCACUCUACAAUACGGUCAAACUUGGCGUCUUAUCCGCAAGUUGGUCCACCAGCAUUUCAAGGACUCGAUGUGUGAUAAUGAGCAUGUUUAUCUUCAGCAUGCCGAAGGAGUUCAGAUGCUUCGGGAUUUCAUUGUUGACCCUGAGAACAAUAUGCAGCAUCCUAGACGGUAUUCUUGCAGUAUCAUGACUAGCACUGUCUACGGUGUUCGCAUACCCUCAAUCAAGUCAGCUUAUAUGGGACACCUAUACGAGAUGCUAGACACGUUCACUGCCCUUCUCGAACUAGGAGCCACCCCGCCAGUUGACUUUUACCCUUUUCUGAAGUGGGUUCCUGAUCGUUUUCUUGGGAACUGGCGAACUAGAGCCUACCACGUCAAAGGAAUAAUGGAAUCCCUCCAUCAAGGCAUGUACAAACAUGUGCUUGCCCGACGCGCCAAAAUCGACGAAAAGGAGAAGAAGGGGAGCACCCCCAACACCUCAUCUCUCAUGGAUAAAGUCCUCGGCGAGCGUGACAACCUAGGCUUCUCAACCCACAAACUGUCCUUCAUCGGCGGCGGCCUUGUCGAAGGCGGCUCCGAGACACCAGCGUGCAUGAUCCUCACCUUCAUCGGCGCAAUGACCAAAUGGCCCGAAAUCCAAAAGAAAGCACAAGUCGAAAUCGACGCCGUUAUUGGCGAAGACCGCUCCCCGACCUGGGCUGAUUAUGCAUGUCUUCCGUAUGUUGCUGCUAUUACUAAGGAAUGCGUUCGAUGGAGACCUGUGGCACCGUUGGGGAUGCCUCAUUCACUUGAUGCCGAUGAAUGGAUCGACGGUCGCCUCCUCCCCAAAGGCGCAACUCUCAUCCUCAAUAUCUGGGGCCUCAACCACGACGAAAAUCACUACCGUAACCCCGAGGUCUUCGACCCAGAGCGCUUCUACAACAAUAAGGAAAAGGUCCCGCUUGCCCACGAAUACAUGAACAAACAAGACUACAACUCCCGCGACCACUACAGUUACGGCGCCGGUCGUCGCUUCUGUACAGGCAUCCAUCUCGCUGAGCGGGACAUGUUCAUCGCCAUGGCAAUGUUGCUGUGGGCAUUCAACUUUGAGAAGCCAGUUGACCCCACGACGGGUUUAGCCAUGGAGCCUGAUCUCAGCCCCGAUACUGGAUUUAUUGAAGGCUUGGUGGCGUGCCCGGCGCCGUUUCCAUGUAAGGUCUCGGUGCGCUCGAAGGCUAGAUAUGAGACUAUCCUGCGGGAGUUUGAGGAGGCAAAGGUUCAUGUUUUUGAUAAGUAUGAUGAGAAUGUUGAAUUGUAG